AUGUUUAUAUGGUAUAUCCUAUUAUUAAUUAUUUCUUAUGUUUAUUCAAUUGAAUUUAAUUUAAAUGAAAUAAAUAAUAAAAAUAAAAAUAAUCAAUUUGUUAUUUAUCCAUCUUUAUAUUUAUGUAAUAAUGGUUCAUUUUCAUUUGAAUUUCGUACAAAAACAAAAAAUGGUUUACUUUUUUAUACAUAUGAUAAUAAUUAUUAUAAUGAUGAUUCAAUACUUAUAUCAAUAUAUAAUGGAAAAUUAAUAGUUGAACAAAAAUUUGGAAAAAAUAAAUCAUAUGAAAAAUUUGAACAAAUAAUUAAUGAUAAUAAAUGGUAUAAAAUUGUAUUUAAAAAACGUUCAUCAUUAAUAAUUGAAAUUUUACUUUAUACAGUUGCUUUAAGAAAUGUUGAAAAUCGUAUAAUAAAAACAAAAAUUUUAAAUUAUGUACCAUUUACAACAUUAAAUAUAAGUUCAUCAGUUUAUAUUGGUGGUUUACCAUUAAAUAUAUUUAAUAAAAAAUAUAAUUCAAAUGAUUUUUUAUUUUCAUCAUAUCAAGGUUAUAUACGUAAUCUUCGUUAUGGUUUAUGUGGAUGUCCUGAACGUAUUCAAUAUCCUAUUUUUUCAUCAUUAUCAAAUAAUUAUCAAUCUGAAGUAUGUGAACAACAAAUAUCAUUAUGUUCAAGUUCAUCAUGUGAAUGUUUAAAUGUUGAUGAAGAACCACGAUAUCAAUGUGAUUGUAGCAAUAAAACAUGUAGUAUUUUAACUAUGAUGAAUAACAAUCUUAUUCAAUAUAAAAUUGAUUUUACAUCUGUUGAAUAUAUAUCAAAAAGUGACGCAAUAUCAUUUACGUAUGGUACAUAUCCAAAUAUUUUUAAUGUUAUUAAAAAAAAUGUUAAAACAAAUUCUAAUGAAAAUAAUCUUAUAACAUUUUCACCUAUUCAUAAUCAAGAUGAUAAUUGUAUGUGGAAUUUAAAUAUAUGUUCAACAGAUUUAAUUUUAACAUUUAUUUUUUCAAUUGAACAUUUUAAUAAUUCACAAACUAUUUUUACACAAUAUUUAAAAAAUGAUGCAUCAAUUCAUAUUAAUUUUAUUGUUUUAAAUUCAUCAUCAUCAAAUUUACAUUUUGAUCUUUGGUUACCAUUUAAUCGUGGUAUUUUACGUACACAACUAACUGAAUUUCCUUAUCAAAUACCAUUAUUUAUUAAUCUUGUUUAUCGUUCACCAUUAUCCUUAUCUGUUUUUCUUUUUGGCCAACUUAUAGAUUAUACAACAAGUUCGAUUUAUAUUCAAUCGAAUAAGCCAUCUUCAUUAUCUUCUUCAUCUUUUAAUACAUAUGUUGAUUUUCACUCAAUAUCUUGGUCUUAUCAAAAGCAACCAUUUGAAUGUUGUGCAUAUAUGCACAAUGAUGAGCGUUUUAAACGAGAUACAACAAAUCUCGAUUUAUGUCAAUGCGGUACUCUUACAGAAGCAUCAUUAAAUAAUAAUCGUUUGAUACCGAAAACGAUUAGUGAAUAUCCAUCACCACUUAAUGUUCGAACAAAAUAUACAACUGAUGAAGAAGAUUAUACAUUAUCAGAAUCUAUAGCAUUUUCUAUUCUUACAAAUCAACAAAUAUCACAAGCAACAACCAUACUUGCUGGAUUUGCAUAUGAUAAUAUUUAUUAUGUAUUUGAUAUCGAGGAUGGUAAACCAAAAAUAAUUUUUUCACAAGAUGAUCUUCCUGAUGUUAUUUUAACAACAAAACCUAAUAAUCAAAUAAUAAUUAAUGAUGGUAAAUGGCAUAAAUUAACUAUACAACGAUUAGAAAGAAAAUUACAUUUUGAUCUUGAUAAUAUUGAACAAUCUGAUGUACAAUUACCUGAUGGAUGGCAAACAAAGACAAAUAUAUUUAUUGGUGCAGAAUUAACACCCGUACCUAAUGGAGAUUUUAAUGGAAAAAUUGGAGAUAUUCAAAUAACUAAUUCAGGUCAAUUAAUAAAUCUUCGUGAAGAAGAUUUAACAGAUGAGAAUGAUGAAAAUUCUAAAGAUUUAACAACACCUAUUAUUUCAUCAUUAUCAUCAUCAUCAUCAUCUAAUGAUAAAAUAUUUGUUGUUGUUGAUAUGAAAUCAUCUGAAAUAAGUCAAACAAUUGGUUUUCUUCCAAAUGAUAAUAGUGAAAUAAUUCUACCAUCAUCUAUUAAUACAGCAUUUAAUACAUUAAUAUUUUCAUUUCGUACACGUUCAAAUGUUAGUACACUUAUACAAUUUGAACAAAUAAGUUUAAAUAUUGAUGUUGAAGGAUAUUUAGCAUUAGUACUACGUGAUAAACAAGCUCAACGUAUAUUAUCUAAUGAUGAACAAAAACCAAUUAAUGAUGGAAAUUUAUAUACAGUAUAUUUACAACGUACAGAUAAAAAUCUUGAAGCAUGGAUAAUUAAAAAUAAAAAUUUUAAACCAAAUAAAAUUUCAAUUGAACUUUCAACAUCAAAAUUAAUUAUUGAUAAUUUUAUAUUUGGUCCACGUAGUCAAUUUAUUGGUUGUCUACAAAAUAUAACAUAUAAUGAUCAAUUAUUAAUAUUUAAACAAUUAUCUUUAAAUCGACAACAAUGUCCAUCAAGUAGUAUAGCUUUAAAAUCAAUAGAAAUUUUAUCUUUAAAUAAUAUUUAUAUUGAUCAAAUUAUUUCAUUUAAAGAAUAUGAUCGUCCAUUAAUUAUUAAUCUUGAUAAUUCAGAAGAUUUUCAUAUAUUUUCUUUUUCAUUUUAUACACAAGAUUUAAAUAGUAUUAUUUGUUCAUUAGCUGAUAAAACUUAUGAAAAUUUUAUAACAUUAAGUAUUUAUAAUGAACGUUUAUUAUUAACAUAUGAUGAUAAACAAAGAAAACGAAUGAAAAUUUUAAUAAAUAAUUCAAUAUUAAUUAAUGAUGGUCGUGAACAUAAAUUAAUAUUAAAAAUACUUAAUAAAGAUGAUUUUAUAUUUGAAAUUGAUGGAAAUAUAAAUAUGAAAAAAUUUCAUACUAAUUUACGUAUUAAUACAAUUUAUAUUGGACAAUUAGAUAGUUAUAUAAAAGAAAAAUUUUCAGAUUUAGAUGGUGAUAAUUUUAUUGGAUGUAUUAAAGAUAUUCUAUUAAAUGAAAGAUCAAUUAUUAAAUUAGAUCAUAUACAUCAUAUAGGAAGAUUAACUAAUAUUUGUCAAUUAUCAAAACGUGGACGUAAAAAUGUUGUAUCAUAUGUAUCACCUGAUGUAAGUUUUUCAAUGCGUGAUCGUCGUGAUAUAAUUGAACUUCAAGUUCAAUCAAAUGAUGAAUUUCGUUAUUGUCAAAUGCCAAUAAAAACACUUUCAACAAAUGGUGUUAUAACAUCAAUGUAUUCAAAUGAUGAUCAACGUGGUUUAAUUCUUUGUUUAAAAGAUGGUAAAUUACAAUUAAAAUAUUAUUCACCAUAUAAUAAAACAUCACAAAUUUUAUAUAAUGAUAAUCAAACAAUAAAUGAUGGUAAACAACAUCGUAUAUUAGUUACAAGACAAAUACCUGAUACAUAUUCACAUGAUAAUAUUUAUGUACAAAUUGAUAAACGUACAACACCUGUAUCAAUACCAGAACGUUCACCAAUGUUUUUUGAUGUUGUUACUAUUGGUGGUCCAUAUCGUUUAAUGCCAGAUACAUUGAAUCAACCAUUUGUUGGUUGUUUUGCUAAUGUAACAUAUAAUCGUCAUCCAUUAUUACCUGAAGGUGUAUUAAAAGCUGAUCGUUAUGAUUGUUUUUAUCAACAAGGUAUGAUGUGUGAUCGACAAAUUCCAUGUCAUCAAAAUAUUCGACCAUUACCAUUUUGUGGACAAACAGAUUGUUCAAUGGUUUGUGCACCAACAUCUAUUGAUAUGGGUAAUACAGGUUUAGUUCGUUAUUUAACACAAAUUGGACCUGGUCAAAAUGAACAACUUGAUUUAACUUUUUUUACAACAUCAGCAAAUUCAACAUUAUAUAUAUCGCGUGAUGGUCCUAUUCAAGUUUCAAUUGUUCUUCAAAAUUAUUAUCCACGUUUAAUUAUUCAAAAUGGUCCUGCUAUAUAUACAUAUGAUUUUCCUAGUCGUGUACGAGGUGAUCAAUGGCAUACAUUACAUUGUCAAAAAACAUCGAAUACACUUGAUUUGACAUUUGAUUAUGAAACUCGACGUUACACAAAUAUAACUGGAUAUUUUAGUUUAUUUGGUGAUAGAAAAAUUCAUAUAUGUGGAACAAAUUUUUAUGGUUAUGUUCAAGAUAUUAUUCUUGUUUCGGAUAAUCAUCGUGAAAAUUUAAUACAAAAUUGUAUUCAUAAUCCAUCAUUAGUUGAUUAUGAUCCAAGUGUUGGUUGGAAUAAUCGUGCAGCUAUACCAGAACCUGCACCUUCACCACCAUCUCAAUAUGAUGGACGAUCGGUAGGAGCUGUGCCAUGUUACCUUGGCUGUUGGACACCAUGUGAAAGAAUCAACUGUUUAAAUGGUGGUUAUUGUAUUCAACCAGCAACAACAACAGCUUUAGCUUAUUGUCAAUGUCCUGCUCAAUAUACAGGAUAUCGUUGUGAACAACCACUUUCAACGGAUCCUUGUGUAAAUUAUCAGUGCAAUCAUGGAACUUGUCAAAAAGACCGUACUAAUCAACCGUAUUGUUCAUGUUAUGAGGGCUAUGGUGGCUCACGUUGUGAAACUCAAAUCGACCCCUGUGCAAGAGUUAAUUGUAAUCAUGGACGAUGUGAAAUCGAUCGUAACGUUGCUGUUUGUCGAUGUUUUCAAGGUUAUACAGGACAUGAUUGUCUUACAUCAGCCGAUGCAUGUGCUCGUGUUUCAUGCAAUCAUGGUACUUGUAUCAAUGAAGGCACAUCUUAUAGAUGUGAAUGUCAUCGAGGUUAUGAAGGUACAGCAUGUGAUCGACAAAUAGAUCCAUGCUCAAAUUUUGUUUGUUACAAUGGAGGUGUAUGUCAUAUUCAACAGGAUAAUCAACCUAUGUGUCGAUGUACACAGGGUUAUCGAGGACCGAAUUGUUAUGAAUCUGAUGACGUUUGUGACAAUGUCAAUUGUAAUUAUGGACAAUGUUCUGUUAAUCCAAACGAUGGCACAGCCUAUUGUGUUUGUUUACCGGAGUAUACAGGUGUCAUGUGUUUGGAAGAAAUAAGAGUUGAAGUCCAUAUUGAUCCAUGUUUACGGUACGAUUGCUCUGGUGGUACUUGUACGAAUGAUCGAGGCGUAGCUCGAUGUAUUUGUCCAAUUGGACGUGUAGGAAGUCAUUGUCAAGAGGAUAUAUGUACGAUGUAUCCAUGUGUGAAUAGUGGACAAUGUAUUCCAGAAGGCAAUAGUCGACGUUGUAUUUGUUCACCACCAUAUUAUGGUGAUGAUUGUCGAGAAGUUCAUCGACCAAAUCCAUGUGAUAAUGUUCAUUGUGUUUAUGGAUAUUGUCGUGAAGGAAUUUGUGAAUGUCAUUCAAGUUAUACAGGACCACGAUGUGAUACACCACCUGAUCUUUGUACUGGUAUUAAUUGUUAUCAUGGAACAUGUUAUGAAGGUCGUUGUUCAUGUGCAGAAGGUUAUACAGGAUAUUAUUGUGACACGCCAAUUUCAACAGCUCCAGUAGUGCCUAUCGUUGCAGCAGUAACAACUGUUCGUUUACCAGUAAUAGCUCAACCCGGUGCUGUUAUUGGUGCAAAGAAAGGUCAAUUAAUUGAUUAUGGUCGUGUAUUAGGUGGUCGUGCUGGUCCAAUUGGUUGGAUAUUAGCUAUUGUUUCUGGUUUAUUAUUAAUUCCACUUGCACUUGCAUUUGCUGCACGUAAAUGUACACAAGGUGCAUGUUUACCAGGUGGUGCUCGAGCUGGUUAUGUACCAGUAUUAACAGGUACAUCAGGUGUAACACAAACUGAAAAUGCACUUUAUGCAGGUCCUGAUAGUCGUGGAACACGUGAUCUUCAAUUAGUUGAUCAACGUGGUGAUAAUUUAGCUGCAACAUCUGGAGCUGCAGCUGCAUCAUCAGGUGGAACAGAAACAACACGUAUUGAACAAACACGUGAAAUUGUUAGAGAAUAUGGCGGUAUGGAUACUACUGGUGGUGUUUUUUCUAACUAUCCAACAAUGUCAUCACGUUAUGGUGAUUUUGCACGUGAUGGACAUCAUCAACAAUCAUCAUCAGCUUAUUCUCAACAACAUGUUAUUGAAACUGAUUAUCAUGCACCACCUGUUGGUGAUUUUGGUUAUGGUCGUGGUGGUGUUGCUAUGGAUGGUUAUCGUGAUACAUUUGACUCAUGGGAAGCUGCAGGUGGUGGUGGUUAUUCUAUGAAUGCAAUGUUUGCUGAUGGUGGUUUACAGACUGAUUAUGAAUUAAGUAAUAUUAAUUCAAUUAGUAUGACACCAAAUGGAAAAUAUGCUAUUGUUGGACAAAGUCAAGGACCACCACAAAUAUGGGAUGCUGUUAAUGGACAACUUGUUUCAAGUAUGCAAGGAACAAGUAUAAAUUGUAGUAAAGUUGCAUUAGCAUGUAGUGGUACACUUUUAGUUGGUUUAGCAAGUGAUGGUAUUGAUACACAACCAUGUGUACUUCAAAUUUGGGAUGUUAAUACUGGUAAACCAGUUCAAUUAACACAUCAAAUAAAAUGUGCAACAUUUACAUUAAGUAAUAAUUCAAAUAAUCUUAUUAUGGCUGGUAAUCAAAAAUAUGGACGUGGUAUAUCUGUUGGUAUACUUGAUUUAAAUAAUUCAGAAUUAACUAAAGAAAUUAAAUCUGAUACAAAUCAAUCCUAUGGUGGUACACCUUCAUUUAUAACAUUAACACCUGAUGAACGUUAUGCUAUUGUUGGUUGUCCAUUAGGACCAACAACAACAAAUUAUGUUGUAUUUGAUUUAACAACACAACAAGAAUUAGUACAACCACCAACAAUAACAUUAGAAUCAGAUCCAAAAUGUACAAUUGUUUUAAAUAAUGAACAAAUAUUAACUGGUACAAAAACAGGACAAUUAGUACUUUGGGAUAUACCAACAUGUCAACGUUUACAUACAUUAAAUGAUAGUGGACAAAAUGCACAUCGUGAUCGUAUAACAGAUUUAAAAUUAUCACCUGAUCGUACAUGUUUAGUAUCGACAAGUGCAGAUGGUACAGGAAAAGUUUGGGAUACAAAUUCAAAAGAACUUAUUGCAAAAUUAAUUGGACAUAAACGAGAAAUUAAUUGUUCAUGUAUAUCAACAAAUCAAUUAGUUGCAACUGGUUCAAAAGAUCACAAUAUAUGUUUAUGGCGUUUACAAACAGGACAAUUAGCAUCAACAAUGCCAAUUGGUAUGACACCAAUUGAUAUACAUAUGGCUGCACACAAUCGAACAAUAGUUGCCAUUGGUGACAAAGAUGGUGAAAGACAAUUAUUAAUGCUUCGUGUUAUAUCUGUACAACGAUAA